CACAUCUGAUAGCUGAAGAGCUUCAUUCAGAUGACAGGAGGAUAGAGGACAGAUGUUGUUCAGGCGAUGCAGAGACUUUUAAUAACAUCCAGUGUGAAUGAUCUUUGAUAGUGAAGUGAAAACGCACGUGCGUGUUGCUGCUGCAUGAAGAGAAGACGCUUGAGGAAAUCCACGCGCGUGAACUUCUCGUGGACUUAUAACGUAAUAUACGCUGCAAAGAUUGCUUGGUAUAUAUUUGCGUUAUAAAGCAGUGGAUUUAUUAAUAUUAUUAUUCACUACGGAGGGAUUAUUUAUCUAACUGUAUGUUUGGUGGCGAGGACGAUAUGAAGGUGACAUCUAGAGAUGAGAGUUUGAACACUUCAGGAGAUUUGGAUGGAUCUAAUGAUCUGCUGACGGGUAACCUCGCCUCGGGUCAGAAGAAAAGAAACAUUAAACAGUGUUUUCUCAAACUUUUGCCCUGCUUUCAUACUGAGUCAAAACCAUCUAUCAAGAAAGGCAACAUAGAGGAUGAUUUUGAAAUCGCUACUGUGUGCUACAGGCCUGAUGGUUUGGAGAAACUUCUAGAACAGACUAAAUUCAGCAAAGCAGAGCUACAAAUUCUCUACAGGGGAUUUAAAAAUGAAUGUCCAAGUGGUGUAUUAAACGAAGAGUCAUUUAAAUUAAUCUACUCUCACUUUUUCCCUCAAGGAGAUUCUGGCAUGUACGCUCAUUUCUUGUUUGAUGCUUUUGAUAGACACAAGAAUGGAUCUUUACGUUUUGAGGACUUUGUAACUGGCCUGUCAAUCAUUUUGCGGGGUACAGUUAUUGACAGGCUUUGCUGGGCCUUUAGUCUGUAUGAUCUCAAUAAAGACGGCUGCAUCACUAAAGAGGAGAUGAACGACAUCAUGAAGUCCAUAUACAAUAUGAUGGGAAAGUCCACAUAUCCAUGUAUGAAGGACAGCGCACCCAAAGAACACGUUGAGAGUUUCUUCCGGAAAAUGGAUCGAAAUAAUGACGGUGUUGUCACUAUGGAGGAAUUCCUUGAGUCAUGUCAGAAGGAUGAGGCCAUCAUGGAGUCCAUGCAUCUGUUUGAUCAUGUCAUUUAGAUUCAUGUAGACCUCUGGUGAAUGUUGUUGCAUGACAACAUCUGUCUUUACAUCUGACAUGUAAACAGUUGAUGUACAUAUGUGAGCAUAACACUUUAUUUGGGAAAGAAAGUGUAUGUAUUGUAAAGAUUAUGAGCUAAUGUUUAUGAACAUUAAAAUUACUGUUUUAUCACUGGAUCUAUAACUGUUUUGUAUAUAUCAUAAAAUGCUUUUAAAAAUUAUUAUCCCAAGAUCCAGUGAAUUCAUUUGACAGUUUUCUUUUAUUAAUAUGACCCUACAAGGUGAAUGCAUACAUUUAAGUUAUUGUAAUUUGGGAGACAGGACAUUUGUAACACACAUUUAAAAACAG